UUAGGUGGGUGCCACGGGCAGCUGGCUGGAAGCACAGCCCUUGCUGGGAAGCUCCAAGUUGUCCAUUCCUGCAAGUCCCUCCUUGCUGGUGUCCAUAGAGGGAGGAGCCCUUGCCAGGAUGGCACUGGCAGACCCAUGUGUUUCUUGGAAUUCUAGCACUGACUGAUAGAGUUCUUUAUUCACAAUGCCUGUUGUGGUUUCCUUUCUUCAGCAGCUCUUUCAUCUAACAUGAAGUGCUUAGAGUUAAAAUAGCAGAAUUUGCCAGUUUAAAAGAGAACAAGGGAAAGAAACAGCUCCAGCCCAAAUUGCAUUAGGGCACAGGAACACGGGAGGAGGGAGGAGGGUUUUCAGGUGGUUCCUAAGCUAUCUCUGUUUGUACCCUGUUGAGAGCAGAAUCAGCAGCAGCCACUUGGUUGUUUUCAGGGCAGCAGCUGUUUGUGCUCCUGCUUUGAAUGCUCUUAAGCCAACUUGGAGGGUGAUAGCCUAGCCUUCCUCACUCCUCUGCUAGAACUGCUUUCUGAGCUGAGGUUUGCAUGCAGCACAAGGGGCUCACCCAAUCUAAUUGUAUUUUCUUUUCUUUCCCUUCUCAUGUGCAUCAAUGGAAGUUUCCUGAAGUGCAUGGAGAAGAAAGGAGAAAUGCUGCACUGAACAGCCAGGAACAGGUGGAUGGCUCUGCUGAUGGCACAGGAGCUAAUGACGCACCUGUGGCUGAUGCAGCCCCUGCAGAACACGGAGCAGAGGAGCACGCUGGAAGUUCAGCUGCAGAGCCACGAGUUGUUAUUAGUUGUCCAAUUUGCAUGGAUUAUUACUCAGAGAUUGUACAAAGUGGACGACUGAUGGUGGCAACUAUGUGUGGCCACAUGUUCUGCAGCGCGUGCCUCCCCGUUGCCCUGGAGACCACCGGCAUGUGCCCAACCUGCAGAGAGGAACUCGAUGCAGAAAUGUAUUUUCCAAUUUAUUUAUGAGAGUUUCCACUGCUCAGGGCAGUCUCAGGUGCAUCUUGGAGAAGAGGAGGAGUAGAGGCCUGUUUCUUUAUGUAUAUAGUUCUUUUUGUACAUAGUUUCAUUUUUACU